CUCUCUGAUCCAUUGACUAUCUUUGCUAUUUUUGGUACUUAGAACUUUACGUAUGUUUAUCUUCUUCUUUUAAUUUCUUUGUUUUGUUGACUUGUUAAUAAUACGUAAUGUACUUUUGGGCUGAGCUUCAUAGUGCUUUGAAUAAGUUGAUAAAAAGACCCUUUUUUGGGCUAGAGCAUAGGGUAGAAAUUCUGCGUAUAUAUGGGCGAUGUUAACAAUUUCUUUUCAAGAUCACUGUUUUUUGAGUUAUCUCUUUCCCGUCAAACUAAUUGAUCGAAUGAGGUGGUUGAGUUUCUGACUUCAAAGAAUUUGUUAUUGCUCUUGUAAAAUUUUCAUGGGUGAGUGUCUUUGAUGUUUCACUGAACAUAUAGGGUUCUAUUGUAGCUGGGAGCUUACCCCUCUUCUAUAUGUAAUAUACACAACCUGCAGGAUAUGAAAGAAGACAUUGUGUGUAGCUUCUUCCUAAUAGCUGCAGCAUUGUUCUUGUAUCAUGUAUCUGGUAGGGCUAAUUGUACUUCCCACAUUUUAGCUUUGUCAAGUUUUGCAUCAGCUCUAUUUUGGAAGCAUGUCACGGACUCACGGUAUUGCUUUUCAGACCAGCUAGUAUAUUUAUUGGGAGAAAAGCGAUUAAACUUGCUGAAUAAUGCCACCAAACUCGUAAGUCAUUCAUAUCAAACGGAUAUUGUGUUGAGUAAAGUGGCAUUAACGACUGUAGUGCUAAUAUGUUCGAGAGAGCACUCUGCCACUUUGGCUGCCUAUCUGAUGCAAAAUCCUUGUGAUGGUGGCUCCAACAACCUGCAUUUCAAUCCCCAUUUUUUGUUUGUUGAAUUCCCUUGGGAAGGCAGGAAGAAGAUAAAGGAUAUAUGAAACCUUCUUGAUUAGGAUUUAGGUCUAAUACUUCCAAUAAUUUUAAGAACAAAUUCAGAAAAGCUGUGGUGGUCUCCAUAGCUAGUUGACAAUGAACCAAAUAGAAACAGAGAUCAUUCACAAUAUUAUCUAAUAAAGUAUCCUUGUGUAAGAAUGAUGGAUAAGAAGAAUAAGGAAGAAAUACUUUUUUCGAAUGUAGAUAAGUGGCUUCUUACCCUUUAAUAUUGAUUUAGGAGUCAGAGAAUUUUCUCAUUCGCUCAUUGGUUUGAUCAUUUCACUAAUUAUGCAAUGGAAGUAUGUAAAGGAUCUGCUAUUAGUUUUAUCUGCUUCUCCUCUAGUUUAAGGAGAAUCAUUUCAAUGAUAUUUUGAGCUAUUUUCCGAGUAAAACUUAACCUGACAUCAGAUUUAGACAAUGCUGCAAAACUCUUUCUAGAUGCUGAAAGUCAUAGGCGUAACCUGUUAAAUUUGGACUCCAUUCAGGUAUUUG